AUGAUGAUAAGCACGUGUAUUACUCUGCUCCAAAUUAUUAUACUUUUUGGUGGGCCUGAACAUGCAAGAGGUUAUAAAAGGUGUGCGCUGCAUUGCUUUAGUAACAGAAUUCAAGAAGACAAAGUAGGGGAGUAUGAAGUAAAAUCGAAGGCCUUAAAAAAGCUGUAUGAAAGAAAAUUAAUUCAUUAUGUGAGUGAUAUAAAAAAUAUUGAUAGAAUACUGUACGAAAAUGAAAAGGAAAAAGAAAAAAAAAAUAGAAAAUCUGUGUAUGUUGGGAUAGAUUUAAAUUGUAAAUAUUUACAUAUAGGUAAUUUAAUACCUCUAAUUACGUUAGGUAUUUUACGAAAUAAUAAUACAAACAUAAUAAUAUUAUUAGGUAGUAGUACAACAAAAAUAGGAGAUCCUUCAUUUCAAAAUGUAGAAAGAAAAAGAACAGUAGAUGAAGAAAUUUAUGAAAAUGAAAAGAAUAUAAGAAGUAAUAUUAUUCGUUUAUUUCUUCAAAAAGAAAUGAAUGAAAAAAAAUUAAAUGAAAUUAUUGAAAGAAGUAAUAAUGUGUUUGAAGAUAACGAAUUUAUAUACGAAUCAGACACAAAAGGCUCAUUAAUAAUUUUAAAAAAUAGUUUAUGGUAUAAUAAAAUAAAUAUUAUUGAUUUUUUAAAAUAUGGAGAAUAUUUUUCUAUUAACAAAUUAUUAAGAAAAGAAUGUUUUCUGAAUAAGUCAUGCAAAAAUUUGACAUUAAAAGAUAUGAAUUACGUAACAUUACAGUCUUAUGAUUUCUUGUAUUUAUUUCAAAAGUAUCAAACGUUAAUUCAGGUAGGUGGAUCUGAUCAAUGGGGAAAUAUACAGUCCGGCAUUGAACUUUGUCAAAAUAUUUUUAACAAACAGUUAUAUGGAUUGACAACUAAUUUAUUAAUACAUAAAAACAACAAUAAAUAUAGUAAAUCAUUAUUUAAUGAAAAUAGGAAAUUACCCAUAUGGGUUGAUAAAAAUUUUAAUCCUCCUUAUUUAUUUUGGAAUUUUUUAAGAAAUAUAGAUGAUGUAAAAUUGCAAUCUUACAUUGAUAUGUUAACGAAUUUAAAUAUGAAUAUACAUGAACAAGUCAUAAUUAAUAGGAGGUGUAGUUAUACUCAUAAAGUAGUAAAUGAUAGUGUGAGUGUAAAUAGGAAGGUAGAUGAAAGAAAUAUGCAAAGUAUUUACGACGAGCAAAUUAACAAGGCAAAAACACAACUUGCAAAUAGUGUUACAUCAUAUGUAUAUGGAGAAGAAGUUGUAAAUAAAAUACAUAAAAUGAACAAAAUGAUGAAGUAUCAAGAAUUUGAUAAAAUUGAAAAUGUAGAUGAUUUAAAAAUAUUUCCAUUUAUUGAAAUUAAUACUAACGAUUUAAAUAAUAACAAAAUAAAUAUUAUUCACGUGUUAAGAAAUUUGGAAAUUGCAAAUACAAAUAAAGAAGCAAAAGAAAAAAUUGGUCAGAAAUGCUUAUAUUUAAAUAAAUUACUUAUAGACGAUCCAAAAUUUCUUCUAAGUAUUGAAAAUUUUGUACAAGUGAAGAAUAAUAGUAGUUAUUAUGCAAUACUGAGAUUAGGAAAAAAGACAUGUUACUCCAUAAUUGUUAAGUGA